AUAUGUAGAAAUCAACAAAGCAAUACAAAUUACCGACUUAUUCCAGAACGUCACUAGUGCAGGCGAUCCGCGAACGCCGGCGCCUUAAUUUUACGUACGGCUCAAGGUCAACUAAAGUCAUAUUUUAAAUAAGCGUCAGUUGCGCUAACGCCAUCGCCGUGAUAAGACGUGCUUUUAUAUUAUUAGGUCUAGGCUAGUGACGAGAAGUGGUCGAUGAUGUUAUACAACGACGAAGAAUUAUUAACGAUAUUGCAACCAUCAAACAAUGAUAUUAGUAGUGGAAGCAGUUUAACAGAUAGUGAUAAUGAAUCGGAACACGAGGAAUCUUCUACUACUUGGAGUGAGACAGCGUUCACACCUGAAUUGUGUGAAUUUAAUGACUAUAUAGCAGGAAUUAAUUCAAAUGGUGUUGAUUUUCAAUCUAAAGAAUUGGAAUGUUUCUUACAUUUUCUAGGCGACGACAUUAUAUUAAAAAUAAUAGAAUUCACUAAUGCUCAACAUCAAAAAUUUAUACGUCGCUGUGAUAUAAGAGUUUUUUCGAGGCUACAGAAUUGGCGAGAAAUUUCUGUUGCAGAAAUGUAUGUAUUCUUGGCUGUUACAUUCUUAUUUACACGAAACAAACACCUGACUAUAGAGGAACACUGGGCAACGGACCACUUACUACAAUCUCCCAUAUUUUCCAAGACAAUGUCUAGAAACAGGUAUACUACUAUACUAGGUUUACUUAGUUUUGCUUUACCAGGCACGGACUCUGGCCACGUUCUAAAAGACAUACUACCUCUGCUGCAACACAUCAAAAACAGUUUCAGGAGUUCUCUUACGCCAUAUCGAGACUUAUGCAUAGACGAAAGUAUAAUGCCUUAUAAAGGUUACAUUUCAAUUAAGCAAUAUAUACCAAAUAAAAGAAACCGUUUUGGUAUUAAGCUAUUUAUAAUGUGUGAUGUUAAGACUAAAUUUAUAAUUGAAUUUAUAAUUUACUGUGGAUCACGAACUGAAAUAGACGAUCCCAAUAAUUUAGGAAUCACCGGAGCCGUUGUUACGAAUCUUUUAGAAGGCUUAACCGAUGAAAACCGACGAAUUUAUGCAGAUAACUGGUACAGUAGUCCUAAACUGUAUCAAUACUUACACAAUAGAAAAACAUAUGCAUGUGGCACGGUGCGGCUCAAUCGACUUAAGAAAGCUGGUGCAGGAAAUUUUAAACCUUUAAAGAAAGGAGAAAUUCACGCGCUGUACAACAAACCUCUGAUGGCUCUGAAGUAUAAAGAUAAAAGAGACAUUUAUAUGCUCUCUACAUGUCACACGGCUGAGUUUGGACCUACAAAUAAAUACAAUAGACAAACCGGGCUGCCUGUAAUGAAACCGGAAAUAAUUAUAGAUUACAAUAAAAAAAAGGGGAUAGUUGAUAAUACAGACAUGUUGUUACAUUCAGUUCAAUGUAUAAGAAAAUCUAAAAUAUGGCAUAAAAAGCUCGGUCUGCAUCUAAUUGAUCUAUGUAUGCUCAAUGCUCAUGCCUUCUUUAAAAUAUUUCAUACAAAUACAAGCUUGGCCGAUUUUCAAUUAGGAGUUAUUAGGCAGUUAAUAGAAAAAUAUAAAGCGCCCGAGUUGGAAUACUCUAUCCCGACCACUUCUCGAUCCACAAGUGCACUACGAUUAGCAGCACAAAAUCUUGCUGACCAUAUGCCAGAAUAUACAAAAGGCAAAAAAUCAAGACCUUGUUUUGUAUGCCAACAUACAAAAUUACAUGAAAGACGUCGGAGAGAGUCUCGCUUUAUGUGUGAAAUUUGCCAAGUAACACUAUGCAUCGUUCCAUGCUUUAAAAUAUACCAUAAACAAAAUGAGUUUUAAUUUAACAAUAAAUUACUCACGUGAAUAUACUUAAUUACUUAA